UCAAUUUCAGUAGUAACAAAAGAAAUUAAAAUUCAGAUAACUAAAUUAUUAUUUUCCUGUAAUAACUUGGAUACUUGGUGCCCAGUGAUGCUAAAAUUAAUAGAUAGACAUAUGCUCAUGUUUUGUGGUUAGCAGAAUGAAUUGGUACAGGAAUUAUGGAACAGAAAUGAUUAAGAGAGACAAAGGGAAGUGGUUAUAACUGAGAGAAACUACAACCUUUUACCCCUGAAAUAAAUUGUUACAAUUAUGUUUCUCUCUUGACUUUAUAGGAAAUAUUGUACCUGCACUCUCAGUGUUCUUGGAAUCUAUGGAAAUACCACACAAAAUCACAGAAUUUUUCAUGCUAGGACUCUCACAGAACCCAGACGUACAGAGAGUUCUCUUUGUAGUCUUUUUGAUCAUCUAUGUGGUCACAGUUUGUGGCAACAUGCUCAUUGUGGUCACCAUCACCUCCAGUCACACACUUGCUUCCCCCAUGUAUUUUUUUCUGGGCAACUUGUCCUUUAUUGACAUCUGUUAUUCUUCCUCUAUGACCCCCAAACUCAUUGCUGACUCCUUGUAUGAGGGGAGAGCCAUCUCUUAUGAAGGCUGCAUGGCUCAGCUCUUUGGAGCCCAUUUUUUGGGAGGUGUUGAGAUCAUUCUGCUCACAGUGAUGGCUUAUGACCGCUACAUGGCCAUCUGCAAGCCCCUGCACUACACUAUCAUCAUGACGAGGCAUCUCUGUGCCCUGCUGGUGGGGGUGCCUUGGCUGGGGGGCUUCCUGCAUUCAUUGGUUCAGCUCCUCCUGGUCCGUCAAUUGCCCUUCUGUGGGCCCAACAUGAUCAACCACUUUGUCUGUGACUUGUACCCCUUGCUGGAACUCACCUGUACCAACACAUAUGUCAUUGGUCUGCUGGUGGUCGCCAACAGUGGUGUGAUCUGCCUGUUGAACUUCCUCAUGCUGGCUGCCUCCUACAUUGUCAUCCUGCACUCCUUGAGGUCCCACAGUGCAGAAGGGAGACGUAAAGCCCUCUCCACCUGUGGGGCCCACUUCACUGUCGUUGCCUUGUUCUUUGUGCCCUGUGUAUUUACUUACAUACGUCCAACAUCUACUUUAUCUAUAGACAAAAACAUGGCAGUAUUUUACGGUAUUUUGACACCUAUGUUGAAUCCACUCAUUUAUACCCUGAGAAACAAAGAGGUAAAAAAUGCGAUGAGAAAGCUUUUCACACAGUAAGAAAUUGCAGGUAGACGAUAAGUGGUAAAGCCGGAAAAAAAAUGAGUUUAUUUCUGUAAGUGGAGCAAACCAAUGUUUGUUUUUCCUAUUAUUAUAUUUCAUCUUAUUCUACCUUAUCCGUUCCUUCAUCUUCAAAGACUUUUAUGGUUUACUUAGAAUUUUUACUUGAAUUGCAUAAUUUGAUUAUAAAAAAUAUAUGAAAUAUAUAUGGCAUGUGAUUAUAUCCCUGUUUUAGAUAUGAGAAAAUUGUGUCUCCUGGUGUGGUUAAUUGAUUAAUCAAUGUUAUCUAACUUUGAAGUACCUAAACCAAAACUCAAAAUUAGUUAUUUUUGAUCCAUCAUCUAGACCUUUAAAUAGCAAUUCAUGUUGAUGUGAUUUGAGUCUGUGCGAUAAUUAACUGAGUAGUAGAAAUAUUAGGCAAAAUGAAACUUAAGGCAAAUAACUUCAUGCUUAGCCAUAUAUAGCAGUCCCUGUGCAUAUAGGCCUGGCUUCUAUCCCUUCUCAUCACCCUUUAUGACUUCAGUGGUAUAGCUGCUACACUGUGGCAGAGAGGGUUCUGGAGACAGAUCAACCUGAGCUUCAGUCUUAUUUCCCAUGCUUACUCAUAGCAUGACCUUGAGUAAAUGACCAAACCUCUAUAAGCCCCUGCUGCCUUUCUUUAAAAUAAAGACAAAGACAAGCAUAAAAGGUGUCUACAGGGGCUGGCCCCGUGGCCAAGUGGUUAAGUUCGCGC